AUGGCUGAGAAGUAUGAAGAUAAAGACAUUAAAAUACGUUCAGCGACCCUUAAAGAUAUGGAUGCUGUUGCUGAAAUGAUUCAAGAGCUCGCUGAUUUUGAGAAAAUGCCGGAUGGACCAAAGUUAACCGUUAAAGAUCUCCAACGUGAUGGCUUUGAAUCAAAUCCUCCAGCAUUCUGCUGUCUUGUAGCAGAGGUACCCAAAAAUGUUCAGAAUCCAAUAGUUGGCUAUGCUCUAUAUUUUCCUACAUAUUCCACUUGGCAAGGCCGAGCUAUGAUGCUGGAAGACUUGUAUGUGCGUUCCAGUGAAAGGAAACGAAGUGUUGGGAAAAGGCUAUUUAAUGCAGUUGCUAAGGAAGCAUCAUCAUCAGGGUGUUCACGUUUAGAAUUCCAUGUGUUGGAAUGGAAUGAGGCAAGAUCCUUUUACGAGGGUAAGGGAGCUGUGAACCUAACACACUCAGAGCAAUGGUGUUACUACCGGCUCACAGGGGAUGCUCUUAAGAAAGCAGCAAUGGAAGCUGAUAUGCCAUGA